UCAGACAAUCUAGUUGAUCUCCCUGUAUCGUAAUCCUCGGCCAGUGCAGGCCAAAUCUGAAUCUCGGUCAUGCGAUCUGAAGGAUCUCCCCUGGGAACUGCUCCCACUAAAUCCCUUCUCAAGCAACCAUCUACGUCCAUGUCCGUGAAACUGAAGUCUAAACCCCUACUUCGAUCAGCCGAUAAGGAGAAGGACUACUAUCCGGAAAGUCCAGGUUUUGUACGCAGAAAGCCGACCAACGCCGUGGAACAGCUGGAAACACAAAACGAGCAGAACUUCCCAUGUACAAACGACUGGGUCGGUAGUACAAUAGAGCUAUCACCAGAUGUGGGUUCCGGGUCGGAAACCUUUUCAACCAAUGGACGAAGUCUACAUCGGGUAAUUGAGAAGAACGGCAAGGAGAACGUGGUGUUCCGGAAAAUUCCAGAGAAGUCCUGGCGAUACAUGCGGGAUCUAGUCAACACUCUGAUGGAGCUGAAGUGGAAAUAUAUGCUGACAUUGUUCCUGGGCAGUUACUUCCUCAGCUGGCUGCUCUUCGCCGCCCUCUGCUACGUGGUGGCCUUCUACCACGGGGACCUGACCUUUGACCCUCUGACUGGAGGACGGACGGGCAGGGGCGAGGAACCCUGCAUAUACGGCGUGGAAAACUGGGUGGCCAUGAUACUGUACUCGGUGGAGACGCAGACAACCCUGGGCGGGGGAAAGUACGCCAGUGAGGAGUGUCCGGAGACGAUAUUCCUGUACGUCACGCAGAUGUUGAGUUCGGCCUUGAUUGAGGGCUGUAUGAUCACCGUGGUCUAUGCCAAAACAGCCCGUCCGGCCAGGCAGAUUACCAAGCUCAAGUUCAGCGACAAGGCGGUGGUCUGUUACCGCGACGGACAACUGUGUUUGCUCUUCCGCGUGUGCGAUCCCCGCGAGCAGCAGUCCAUUGGGUCCAAGAUACGAGUCUACAUUAUCGUGGACAAAGGCACUCGCGAGGGUGAGAUUGUAAAAACUCACGUGGAACUGAAGCUGGAGGGCAAUGGAGAACAGAUUAUCCUCUGGCCCGAUGUGGUGUGCCAUGUCAUCGAUGAGACCAGUCCGCUGGCCCAGUUCACCACCGCCAAACUCUUCAACGCUGCCCAGUUCGAGCUGUAUGUGUCCAUAGUGGGAACUUCCCCUGCCACAGCCCAAUUGACUGAGGCCAAGACCUCCUACCUUCCAAGCGAGAUUUUCUGGGGCCAGAGGUUCAUCAACAUAAUCCACUACGAUGAAGAAAGCGAGCGCUACAUCGUGGACUACAAGAAUUUCAACACCACCAUUUCGGUGGACAUGCCCAUGGUGCUGCCGACAAAGGAUCAGUUGAAAUCUGUUGCAAAAUAGAUCGAUGGAUCCACUAAAAAAAUUCUCUUUCAGCAUAGUACUUACAUGUUACCUUGAGCUUUUAAAUUAAAUCCCUUGAAGCUUUGUAAGUUUCCGAGGCUGUUUCUCUAGGCUCACAAAUAUCAAUAAAU